UAAAUUUGAAACAUGCAUAAACACUUUUUACAUUUUUCACAGUUCGCUUUGUCUACAUUGUCAUGUUACUUAUGAAUUUAUUUCACAUUUGUUAUUUCACCGAAAAAUGUAUGGACAAGUACAACCAUAUGUCAACUUUAUUAUAUAAUUUCAAAUUAAAAUUUCACGAUGUUGAGGUUAUGUUUCGGCUGAGGGAGUAUUCGCUACAAUUGAUGCAUCAGAAACUGAAAUUUAGUUGCAGUGAUUUUUUGGAUAUCGAUUUGAAGACUUUGGGCAAGAUGAUUUUGGCAGUGACAUCUUUUAUGAUUAUAUUGAUACAAUUCAAAAUGACAAACGGUACAGCCGGUGCCAUAAUUGCGACCCGAAAAAUAUUUGGAAUCAGUAAAUUGAAGCUAUGAUUGGCACAAAGCAAAUUGUACGAUAUGACUUAAUAGAAAUAAUAAAUAUU